GAUGAGAAAAUGAUGAAAAUGCCUAUGCCAAGUAUUGACAGUGUGAAAGUAGCAGUACGAGUGCGGCCGUUUAGUCAGAGAGAGAAGAAUUCUGGGAGCAAAUGUGUGAUUUCCAUGCAUUCCAGGACCACUACCACUAUACAGGACCCCAAGAAUCCAGAGCGUGUGAGGAUAUUCACUUUUGACCUGGCCUAUUGGUCUCACAAUGGAUUUCAAAGGGAUAAAGAUGGUGUACUAGCUGACCCUAGCAGUAACUUUGCAGGCCAGAGAGAUGUUUUCCACGAUCUUGGCAGGGGAAUUCUGGACAAUGCCUGGCAAGGCUAUAAUGCUGCCCUCCUGGCAUAUGGUCAAACUGGCUCUGGAAAAAGCUAUUCCAUGAUUGGAUUUGGUGCAAACAAGGGUAUUGUUCCAAAUGCACGUGAAGAGCUCUUUCAAGCAAUUGAGAACCGGGAGAAAAAUCAAGAAUACCAGGUUACAUUCAGCAUGCUGGAAAUUCACAAUGAGGAGGUAAGAGAUUUGCUGUCUAGAACCAAGAAACCUGGUGGGCUAAAAGUAACGGAAGAUGAACAGCUGGGCUUUUAUGUGGAUGGUCUGAAAUCAGUGCCUUGCGAGAGCUAUGCACAAAUUGAAAGGCUGAUGGAGCAAGGAACAAAAAUAAGGACAACAGCUUCAACCAACAUGAAUGCCAGCAGCAGCCGAUCCCAUAUGGUCAUCACCAUUCAGUUCAAGCAGAUUUUCCUAGACAGAGACCUCACCAAACAAUCCAGUAUUAAUUUGGUGGACUUAGCAGGAAGUGAAAGGCAGAAAUCUUCAGGAUCUGAAGGGGACAGACUACGGGAAGGAUCACGGUUAAGUUUAACCAGUUUAGGAAAUGUUAUCAGUGCUCUGGCUGAUGCCACCAUGGGGAAGAAAGUCUUGUACAUCCCCUACAGAGAUUCCGUUCUCACCAAACUGCUCCAGUCAGCUCUGGGUGGCAACAGCAGAACUACUUUGAUAGCAGCCAUAAGUCCAGCUGACAUCCGCUGUGAGGAAACUUUAUCAACAUUGAAAUACGCUGAAAGAGCUAAAAAUAUCCAGAACAGAGCAGUGGUGAACACCUGCAAGCUGAUGAGAGAGUCAAGGACAGAGAACAACAAACUGCUGCUCGGCUAUGGAAACUCCAGAAUGGUAGAGCAGCCAGCAUAUUUCCUGGCAGAAAACCAGUGUGGGACUCCCACUACCCAGAUGAGCUGGGCACACCAGCUGGGCCAGGCUCGGGAAGAGUGGGGGCAGCAGUUCAUGGCCAUUGCCCAGGAGUGGCAGAUGAUGAAGACCCUCCCUCACCUCCUCAAUGUCAACGAGGACCCCCAGCUCACCAGAGUGCUCAAAUACUUCAUUCACACUGGUUCAUGUGAUGCUGGUCAGGCUGCUUCAAAUACUAUUACCCUUCAAGGUUUGGGAAUUUUGGACAAACAUGCUUCCUUCACAAAUUUGGAUGGUAAAGUGACAGUAACUCCGUACAGCAAAUGCAAGGUUGUCGUUAAUGGGGUGUCAAUCACUACGAAGACAAAGCUGUAGCAUUUGGACCGCAUUAUUUUGGGAUCCAACAGUGCCUACCUCUACAUCGGGUUUCCUUCUGAGCGAGGCAGUGAGCGCUUGAGCAGAUUUGACUAUGACUUUUUCCAGCUGGAAAGAGCAGCUGUGGAGGGUGUGAGUGUGGACAAGCUUGGUUCCACAAACAGCGGAGACGGGAAGGCAGACCCGAGUGUCCUGGCUGUGUUCCAGGAUUACAUCAAACUGAUGCCCCUCAUUGCAGAAGCAAAUCAAAUGAGUGAAGAGCUGAAGAAGGGACUUAAAAUGGAGUUGAAAGUGAAGAAUUUGGCGUCGUCAGAUUCCAGGGACUAUGACCUACAGAAGGAGGUCAUGGUGAAGGUGACCAGCCAGAGGACUCAUGAGGUUUGGAUAUGGUCAAAGGCCAAGUUUAUCAGUAGGAAAUUCCUGAUGGAGGAACGCUACCAGCGCUUUCUAGAUGGAGGAGACAGCCACGUGGCUCAAGAAGUCAAUCCUUUCUGGGAUCCUGUUGAGGUUGUGCACCUGGGCUCAGCUCACAUCUGGCUCCAGUCGCUUGCCUACUGCAUGAAGUUCGAGAAGCAAGUGGAGUUUCUGAACUGUGACAGGCUGGAGGAGGCCAUGUUGCAUAUCCACAUAACUCCCUGCUCGGCGACUGGACAAGCACAGGGUGAGGAGGACGUGGUGAUUGACCCCUUGGAGUUGCUGGGCAAGAGGAUCGAUUUCCAGAUUCACAUUGUCCGGUGCCUCGGCAUCAAGUUGCUGAAGGAAGAUGCAAAUAGGGGCAUCCAGGUUGGGUACAGCCUAAUUUAUGAUCUUCCAAAUACUUUAUACACCAAGCCUGUAGGGAAAAUUGUGAAUCCCCAAAUUGAAGAGACUGUCCAAUCUGCAGCCUUAAAUGCAUCUCAGGAAUUUCUGAAUUAUUUACAGACUCUCAUUGUUGAUUUAUGGGGCCUUCAAGAAGGCUGUGCUGAACUGAGCUGCUCUCCACAGGACCUCAUGGUCACAGGUGAAGGCCACAUCAUGGUGGACACCAAGAAAACUACUGUGAUGGGUACAGGCCAGACUACAUCAAAUCAGGUAUCAGAACUUUACCUGAAGCUGCUCAAGUUAGAACAGGAGAUAGAACUGCUCAGAAACAUUAACAGGGCCCUAAGAGAGGAAAAUGUGCUUCUCAAAGAAUCACUGGUGAAAACUGGUUCUGGUCAACAAGGUGAGCAGCUGCUCAAUACCCUGAAGAUAACUGGGAUGGCAGCACAAUUGCCAUCGGUCAAAGACAUUUAUCAAAUGUGUGCUCAGCGAGCCAGCUACGAUGGAGAACUUGCCAAAGCUCUCAAGGUGUUCUACCAAAGCAUGAACGGGGCCAGAGGGCAGUUUCUCAGGCUGGGGCAUUAUACGCCUCCUGACGAUGAUCAAAUGCUUCGACCAUUUAUACACCAACGGUCACAAAUGUUAAAGAACUUUGGGGACCUACUGGAAUCCAGCUUGUGGAAACUGAAAAAUGAUGUUGCUCGUAUAGUGAAAAAUAAGAGAGAAUGUUUAUUGCAUAUCAAAUAGUGAGGAUACCCCAACUGAAAGCUGAAAAUGUAAGCUUUGAGUCAUGAAGAUUAUAUGUAUACCUACUGGGCUUAAUUAACUUGGCUGCGAAAGAUGAAUUGUGGACUCAACUUAUUUCAACUCAUUUCCCACUUACUCAACCCAUUCCUUCUAUCAUUUUUAAGCAAUACUCCUCUCCCUCAAUUUGAUUUAAAAUCAUAUAAACAUGAAUACAUUGGGGUAAGGGGUAUAUGGGAACUCUGUACUUUCUGCACAAU